UCGUAACAUCUGCCAGGCAGUUCACACAGUACUUCUUCCCUACGUCGGCCAUAUUGCUUACUACCGCUUGUUGUUGGAAGCAGCAGUGGCGCGGGGGAGGACAUGCGCAGUGGAGUAUCACUGGUCACGCCGCUGCGUCUCAUUAAUAUUAACAGUAACACAGCAAUUGCUUGUGAUUGGCUUUCGCUCUGGUGUCCAUGGCAACACACACGCACUCCCAUACAGACACAAAAUAGUUGAGGCAAGCGCUGUUUCUGUUUCGUGAGGUAAACGUUGGUUAUUUUAGAUAAAUUACAGGUAAUUAUUUUUUAGGUGAAUAAAAAAAUAUUAUUGUUAAAAAUCGUGUGUAAAUUCAACUAAAUAAAAUGGAAGAGGGUUCAUUAGAUCACGAAGAAAGCCCUGUUUUAGAAAAUAACACGCCGGUGGAAAACACUGAAACGUUUGAGGAUCUAACAGAGGCAACAAGUGCACAAGAAAUUGAAGAAACUGAACCUCCUAAUAUUUCAGAAGUUGGUGAGGAUGAUGUGGUCGAGCAGGGUUCACACCUCUCAUUGGGCGUCCUCACAGAAGACACGUCCAGUGCUGAGACAAGUGGACCCCAGCAGGAAGAAACCGAGUCUAGGCAACAUAUGAUAACGGAAAAAAGGGAUGAAAUAGAACUCCUUAUAAAUGAGAACUCGGAGGACACUGAUGGUCCUGAAAUAGAACAUUUCAUUGAUGAUCUUCUAUCACGUGAGGACACUGAGGAGGAGGAGGAGGAGGAGGAGAGACUUCUAACUCCUGACCCAAAAAAUGAGAGGACCAGCCCUUCCAAUGAAUCACUGGUUCCUGCAGAAGUGGAAGAGUUUGGCCUACGGAUCAACAAUAAGGAACAUAUGGAUCUGCUACAUGAACUACAGGCUGAGAAUGAAGCACUUAGACAGCUAAAUGGUCAGCUGCAGACCCAAAUAGCGGAAUACCUCAGCAAGAAGACAAGUGCCAAACUGGAGGGAGAUAUCUCAGGACAGGAGCAGUACCAAAAGUGCAUGGAGCUCAUGGAGGACCUGAGAGAGCAGCACCACCUUUGCUCAGAGCUCCACCAACAGCAGACUAAGGAGCUCCGCCAGCAGAGCUUAGAGAAACUGAACCAGGUGAACCAGGAGUUGAGAUCAUUUGCUGCACUGAAAUAUGAGGCUGCCAUGACAGCACUGACUGGUAAGGUGGGCAAACAGGCAGCACUGGCAAAGGUGGAGCAGCUGCAGGCUGAUGGACUGAAGCAGGAAGACAAGCUGGCAUGUGUGCGUCUCAACAGUAUCAAGCUCAAGAACAAAAUAUGUCAAUUUGAGAUGGCACUUAGAUCCAAACGGCAGCUGGCUGAUGGCUUGCUGCUGAUGGACUUUGAGCAGCUCAAAGCAGAGAACAAGACAUUUAAAGACAAGAUGAACGAGCGCAACGAGGAGCUACGUAUUCUAAAAACGAGGGUUGCCUGCGCUGUGCAGGGCAUUUCUCAUGUGAAAGAGAAGCUGCAUUUCAUGCAGAUAGAGAAUAAGGCCAAACACACUCAACUUGCCAAGGCAGACACGUUGGUGGCUCUUAAACGUGAAGUACUGACACGUACCCGACAGGUUCGUGACGGCCUACGCGCAGACAAUCUAAAGCUGCAGCAGCGCUGUGGCCUGCUGGGAAACACCACACUACUGCGGGACUUUGAGGAGAAGGUUGACACCUCUGAAUGCCUGCAGCAGAGACUGGAGAUGUUAAAAAGACGUCACGCUGAGCUCAUACUGAAGUGUGCCGGAGUGAAGCAGAAGAUUGAGCAAAGCAAACCAGAGUCCCAGUGACAUCACAUGUGCACUUUGAUCCCCUAAAUUGUAAAUGUAAUGUGUAACUUGACAAAGUAACAUAAACAAGAGUGAAAAUGUCUGGUGAGAAAUACUGAGAAAUAAUACUUGUCAUCAAAUUUAUCAUCUUAGCAUUCAAAGUUUAUAUCUUAGUUGUUUUCUUAUUGUGAUUGUUACAGUGCCAGCAGAUGGCGGUAUUUCUUAUGGCUUACCUUGCAAGCUAAUUGUCUUGUGUGUUCUAUAAAGAAAUCUGAUAUCACUACCUGAUAUUUUGGCAUCUGUUGAUAUUUAAGCCUAUUUAAACUAAACAAGUGCUUAUAAAGGUUUGUGGUCAACAA